GCGGGCGAGCGGCCCCUUGGCACGCCAGUGACGGCGGGAGGUGGCCUCCCCGUGUGGAGAAAAUGGACUUUAUUCCCUGCGAGCCGCCCGCUUCGCCCCUUCGGGGACCCGGCUGUGAAGGAGGCACAGGGGGACCCGGCUGCGACGAGGAGGCACCCUUUCCUGUCCUUUCUCCUCCCUCCCGGGGGGGCUUUAUGGUGCUGCGCUGGGGGAGGAUGAACGGAGGAUAAAUGGUGCCCAAGGCAGACAGCGGCACCUUCCUCCUCCUCUUCCUCCUAGUGCUCAGCAUCACCGAGCCGUUGCGGCCAGAGCUGCGCUGUGUACCAGGGCAAUUUGCUUGCCGCAGCGGGUCGAUCCAGUGCAUCCCUCUGAACUGGCAGUGCGAUGGAUGGCCUACCUGUGAGGAUGAGAGCGAUGAAGUUGACUGUCCGAAUUUUACCGGGGACCAGCGAAAUUAUCACGGGAAAGAGAAUGUGGAUUCCAGGCAUAAUCGUGGAAGAGGUGGCGACACAACCCGCUUUCACACUGUCAACGUGGCACAGCCAGUUCGGUUUAGCAGCUUCCUAGGGAAAUGCCCAUCAGGAUGGCAUCACUACGAUGGCACUGCCAGUUGCUACCGGGUGUAUUUGAAUGGGGAGAACUACUGGGAUGCCGUGCAGACAUGCCAGAGGGUGAACGGUUCACUGGCCACCUUCACCACUGACCUGGAGCUCAAGUUCAUCUUGCAGCAGGAGUGGGACUCGGAAGAGAAGGCCUUUGGGAGGAAGGACCAACGGAGAUUAUGGGUUGGAUAUCAGUUUGUCAUCACGAACCGCAACCAUUCUCUGGAAGGUCACUGGGAAGUCACCUAUAAAGGUUCAUCGGAAGUAUUUUUGCCCCCUAAGCCUACAUUUAGCUCGGCUGUGUCUGAAAAUGAAAACAUCCUUUGUGCCCAGUUUCAGUGUUCGCACUUCCCGACCCUUCGGCAUCGUGGUUUUCACAGCUGGUAUGCUGAAAACUGCUAUGAGAAAUCUUCAUUCCUUUGCAAAAGAAGCCAAACCUGUGUGGAUAUCAAAGACAACAUUGUGGAUGAAGGCUACUAUUUCACCCCCAAGGGAGACGAUCCGUGUUUGAGCUGCACGUGUCACAAAGGAGAGCCGGAGAUGUGCGUGGCGGCCCUGUGUGAACGGCCGCAGGGCUGCCAGCAGUACCUCAAAGACCCCAAGGAGUGCUGCAGAUUUACGUGCUUAGAUCCAGACGGCAACAGCCUCUUUGACUCUAUGGCAAGUGGCAUGCGUCUCAUCGUGAGCUGCAUCUCCUCCUUUCUGAUAUUAUCCCUGUUGCUCUUCAUGGUCCACCGGCUGCGACAGAGGCGUCGAGAGCGCAUCGAGUCCUUGAUCGGGGCGAACUUGCAUCAUUUCAACUUGGGCCGCAGGAUGCCUGGUUUUGAUUACGGCCCGGAUGGUUUUGGAACCGGCCUCACUCCGCUACAUCUUUCUGACGAUGGGGAGGGCGGGGCUUUCCAUUUCCAUGACCCUCCUCCACCCUACACGGCUUACAAAUAUCCGGAUAUUCAGCAUCCAGAUGACCCACCUCCCCCCUACGAGGCUUCCAUCAACCCAGAUGGCAUCCUUUGUUCUCCCCCAGAUGGCAUCCAUUCCCAGACAGGACUGACCAGCCAGCCGUCGCUAGGGAACGGCGACGUAUCACCACAACUCACAGAGGAGUCACUUCCUCCUUCGGUUGGCCCUUCCCCAGUGGAACUGGAAGACUCUGCCGACAGCAGUACCCUUCUUGUACCUCCCGAUACACCCUUAAGUGAAGGCGCACCAGCAGAGACUCUGGCAGGAAGCCGACACAGUCACUGUUCCCUGAAUACCAUUGUAUAAAGGAAAAUUUUAAAAAGCUUACUGCCGGUCAGAAAUAAAUUUGAGCAACUGUUUGCACACCAGAGAUACAGAUGGACAAUAAUCCGUGGACCGAACUUCAGAAAUAAGCUCCACUUCUCCCCCCCACCUCUUUUUGAACACUACUCUUCUGUUCUAGUUUAGAAUCGUGCCUCUUGGCUAUUGCUGUCAUUCUCCAUUCUGGUUGGGUUGCCCUCUUUAAAUGGAUUGUGGAAGCGGCACAUUUUCCCCACGGGCUAUGGGAAGAGUGUGAAGGAUUUUUUAAAGAAACUUUAUUUUUCAAGAGGAAAGGAAAUGGCAUGGAUAGCUUUUUGUCGUCUCCCUCCCCCCCUUCCCUUUUUACAUUUUGGAAAGGAAACCAUGAAAAAUUGUGUUGUAGGGAGACUUAAAACAGUAGCAACUUCUGGACUGUAGUAUCGAGGAAGCAGAUUUUGAAGAAAAGUGUAGAGAGCUGCCAGCUGUUAUGGAAUUUCUAGCUGUCCCCACAUUCUUUUGCUCAGUCCUCAAACAGAGAAGGCUGGAGUUUGGAACUUCUAGGCUGUGUCUUUAAAAAAACAAAACAAAAUAACAAUCCCUGGCUGAUUAGAACACAAGCCAAAGAGAGACUCUGGGGCACAGUUUGAUCAUCGUGUAGCUUCUAACACUAUCUCGAAAGAGGAAAUCGUGAGGGUAAAGAGUAUGCACACUUAAGCGUUUUUGCAGGGGAGAGGAGGCGUGCAAAGUACGGAGAUGCUGGUUUGGAUAUGGCGAGUAACAACCUGUUUUGCUUUCCUGUAACACUGCAAGUCUUGUACUGUGGCUGGUAAACUUGGUGACCUGCAAAGAAACGCAGGCCUCUGACCGGCUCUGUGCUUUUUUAGGUACACAAGUGUUUGGGGAGGGGGAGAUGGUGAUGUUGGAGGAGCCCCGUAGCUUUUUAAACUAACAAGCUCACCCAGUUUGCAUAGUCACUUCAAGUUCUUCUCUCUCCCUCCCUGUUCUUCACAGUGGUUUUCAUUUUAAACUGGUUAUCAUGCUCACUUAGGGCCAAACUACAUGUUAAUGUGUUUUGGCAAGUCUGGUUGGGAUUCCCCAUACUCUUCUGGUUUUCCCUGCAGUCACACAGCAGCUGCAGGGAAAGGCAUUUCUGAAGUCCCCAGGAGCCUAAUCUGUUUGGAACUGCCACGUGGAGAGGAGGGGAAUCCUGCCUUGCCUUCCACAGCAUUUUCCCAAGCUGAAACACCCACUGCAGGGGACUAUUUGUGUACCUUUGGAGCUGCGCAUAGAGUAUUCCCAACACAUGCUGCUCCAAAGUUAUGCAAAUAACUUCCUUCAGGGGACGUUUCAGCUCAGGGAAACAGUGUGGAGGGGAAGACAGGAACCUCUGCUCACCCCAUGCUGCGUUCCAAGCUGAAUUGGGCUUCUGGGGACUUUAAAAAUGCCUUUCCCCACAGCUGCCAUUACAACAACAGGGAAAGGAAGUCAAGUCCAGGGAACCCCAGCCCAACUCGCCAAAAAAUAUGUGCAGUUUGGCCCUACAUAGUGGGGUUUAUUGAAGCCUUAAAUAAUCAGCUUAAAUCAGGCCGUGAGGAAUACAUUGACUUGUGUUAACACAGCUGUGAAUAUUGUGGCUAAUGACGUUCACUCCAUUGGUCACGGCCAGAACUGGAAUCAAAGAAUCGCUUCACGCAUCUCUCCUAUAUCUCCUUGGGUUCCUUGCCUUUCGCAGAACUGUCUCCAAGCCAGAGCGUGUAGCUGGAUUUGAUAGGAGGAACUGGUGUGGGAUGUGCAUUCCCGUUACCUUAUGAAAGGCCGCAAGCCUGGAGGGAUCGGGAAGGAACAUUAUAGCAAGCAGGUGCUCCUCUGGACUAGUUCCCCUUGCUAGCCAGCCCAGCUGGCUCUACGCCCAACUUGUCAGGGAACCAUCCCGUUGUGGUUGACCCUUCCUGUAGUGUAAACGCUACUUAGGACUAGGUAUAUCCUUCCAUGUGCUCGACUGGGGGAGGAUGGCUCUUGGUCAGAUUUCCGUGGUGGUGGGGAGGUUCACCACGCAAGAGAGACCACAGCUCAUUGGUAGAGCACGUACCAAGGGCUUCUGAUCUAGUUGGUAGCGAAAAGAUCUCUGGGGGAAAGGCCCCGGAAGACCAUUGCUGGGCUGGAUGGUCCAUCUAGGUCUAAGGCAGCUUCGUAUGUUAACAUAUCAGUUGAUGAUCGCCUGUGAACAAUCAUAAACCCAUCUGAGAGAAUUUGCAAUGCAGCAAUCAUGCUAAUGUCUGAGUGCUUUAGGAAAUCCCGUUCACAGGGUUAUUACAGACUUGGCCGUAGGCUAGAAUCACACAGUCCUUCCCCCCUCCCCUCAAGCGAACCUGACUCUCCAGAGGUUGCCCUCCCCCAGGGAGAAAUGAUGGAACUUUGUCUUACAAGAAGACCCUAGAGGCAAUGAAUAGUCUUUGGGGAUGGGGUUGUACAUGCCAUUUUGCAUGGUGGCUGGCCCUUACAAGACAAAGGACCCAGUUAAUUAUGCUUGGGGCGGUUGUGGGAAUUGCUGCAAGACCAGAGAACAUCAGUUCUAUGAAGAC